GUCGGUGACAGCCGUGUCCCCGUGUCCCCAGCCUGGAGCAGAUGGUGGCCGCCAGCCCCGGGAAGACGCCCAUCAGCCUCCUGCAGGAAUAUGGGACGCGCUUAGGCCGGACCCCCGGCUACGACCUGCUCAAGGCCGAGGGCCAGGCCCACCAGCCCAACUUCACCUUCCGYGUCACCCUCGGGGACAUCAGCUGCACCGAGGGGCUCGGGGCGGUACCGGAGGGCUCGGGUGAGUCCCGGAAUGGUCGGGCCGGUCCCCAGCCCCCCGUGCCCCCUCCCCAGGCCUGCCCGCGGCUGGAGGGGCUGCGGGGCCGCGCCCCCGGCUGCACCUGGGACUCGUUGCGCAACUCGGCGGGCGAGAAGCUGGGCCAGUUACGGAGCCGGGGAGGAGCCCCCGCGCCCGGCGGGGCCUGCGCCCUCYUGCAGGAGCUCUCGGAGGAGCAGAGCUUCGCCAUCAGCUACCUCGACAUCGACGCCCUGAGCCUCAGCGGGCUGCACCAGUGCCUGGUGGAGCUGUCCACGCAGCCGACCACGGUGUGCCACGGAGCCGCCCCGUCCCGCGACGGCGCCCGCGCCCAGGCCGCCCGCAACGCCCUGCAGUACCUGCGCAUCAUGGCCGGGGGCAAGUGAUCGCCACGGGCCGGCCCGCGGGGCUCGCUGACCCUCUGGGCACGGCCCGAGCCCGCCCYGGCUGGAUGGACAGACGGACAGACGGACCUCAGGGCCCGGGCUCUCCCUCCGGUGUGGCCCCCAUCCCGUGCCGGAGGGUCCCCGGGUGCCAUCGCCCCCCAGGAAUAAAGCUGGGGGGGUUUGUACUGCCCGUGUCGGGUCUGCUUGGGGCUGGGGGCUUGGAGAGCAGAGAGGAGGUGGGACCYUCAUCCCCCCACCCCCGGGGCACAGGAACAGCGAGGGCUCAGGGGAGGGGGCAGCACUUUAUUUAUUGGGGAYGGACAGACRCACGGACGGGCUCGGGAUGCGCUCCAGGCCGGACUCGGACGCUCAGCGGCGGCGGCCGAAGCGUUGCGGGGUCGCCAUCGUCCAGAACGGGGGGUCCCAACUGCGGGGGCUGAGCCGGGCCUGGGGCCCCCCCUGCGGCCCCCAGCCCGACCUGCGGGGGGGACACGGCACCGCUGAUCACCGGGGCACCGGGACGGGCGGAUGGACGGGCAGGAGCGGACAGACAGACGGAUGC